AUGACUUCGCCUCGCGACUCAAGGGACUCCUCACAUUCCUCCGCUACUGUGCCGCAGCCCACCUACUACCCGCACCAGCAAGUUCCUCAUUCCGCACCAAUACCCAGGCCGUCCCGCAUGCAGACGAUGCCCCCAAACUACGCCUAUCCCAUCGACUCCAAGUACCCCUACACUGCACAUCAGCCGCAGGCGGUCGCCUUCCCGAACGCAUACACAGGGUACCCAGGGAAACAACAGCAUUUCGACGUUGCAAAUGCCCCACAGUAUCCACAUUCGAUGUACCAAACAAAGCCCCCACCCCUGCUCAAGCGACUCUUCAUGGGCCUCACAGGCGGCAACAAGCAUGCACAACCCAAGGUCCCGCGGCGGAAGCGGAGCAGCAGCUUCUAA